AUGUCCGACUUUAUGACCCCCCACGAGACCGCCCUUGCGUGUGUCGCCACAUGUAUGAAAAAGGCACGAUUACGGCCUGACACGCUCAUUGUCUCCUCCCUCAUGGCGGGUGUGCUCUUUAGCACCGGCGGGAUGCUACACACCUCCAUCCAGAGCUUCUGCCCCAACCUCAUGGCGCUGAACCCCGGCCUCGUGCACCUCCUCCAGGGGAUCGUCUACCCCAUCGGUCUCUUCUAUGUGGUGAUCAUGGGCGUGGACCUUUUCAACGCUAACGUUUUCUACUUCACGGUAGGGGUUCUCCGUGGUGCGGUCACCAUCUUUGACCUUCUUAUCAGCUGGAGCAUCAGCUGGCUCCUCAACUUGGUGGGCAACAUCUUUGUGUGCUAUAUCGUCUGCCACUUUUCCACCGUUACCCUGAAGCCGGACUUUGUCGACGGUUCGGUGGCCAUCGCCAUGGAAAAGAUCACCUUUCGGUUCCAUCAGACCUUGAUCAAAGGGAUUGCUGGUAACUUUUUUGUAUCCCUAUCCAUCUACCUCCAGCUCAUGGCGAAACCGCUCCAUGUGAAGUUUCUUCUCAUGUCGCUUCCCAUCUUUUCUUUUGUCGCGUUAGGCUUCACCCACGUGGUGGCAGACAUGUUUCUUGUGACCAUAGGCAUGAUCAACGGAGCGGACAUUGGCGUCGGGACGUACAUCUGGAAGCUUCUCCUCCCCGGGACCCUCGGAAACAUCAUCGGCGGUGGUUUCUUCGGGCUCGUCUUCCCUUGGUAUUUGCACUUAGUGGUGGUUGAGCGCGACGCCCACAUGUUGAAGUUGCCAAAGUACGACGAGAGGGACGAGCAGCCAGAGCUUGGUGUGGAUUCCAGGAUCGUCAGGAGCCGGACGAGCACAUUGUACGGGAGCAGACUUCCGACCAAUCGAACCUCCUUGUCCUCUGAGAGCGAGAACAAGCAGGCGGGCACCCCUCCUGAACAAAUUUACGGCGAUAAUGUGGAUCCGCUUGAUCCCGAGUUCAACCCAAGCUAUGAUGUCCCGAAGGAAGAGGAAGAGGAAGAUAACUCACCAUCCGGGGUGUUCCCCGUUCUUGGAAUGGGUCCACCGUUGCAACGUGAACGGACGAUUGCCAGUGCAUAUCAGGACUCGGAUGAGUCUCUCGGUCAUAUUCAAAGUCAUUCCAGCAGUUUUCAGUCACACCGAAGUGGCAGUGUAUACACUGCCCGGGACACAUCGAUGCGCGGGCAGUUGAUGAGGGUAUUUACCAGGACAAAACCUGAUGGCUCAGCAGCGUAG